AGUCUAUUCUUCACUCAAUCAGGAAAAAAUCCACCACUCUUCCAAACCAUCAACUUCUCAAUCACCAAUUUCUCACAACACAAAAAAACCAUCAACAAAUUCAACGAUGAAAACCGUCGGAACUCUAACUUCCGAACAACUCCAAUUCUUCAAUUCACAAGGCUAUUUGGUUAUUGAAUCAUUCUCAAGCACUGAAGAUGUUGACGCGCUGAGAAAGCGCAUGGAUCAGUUACUCCAUGGCUUCGAUUGCUCUUCAUCUGCUUCAAUUUUCUCCACAAAGAAUCAGCAACGAACAAGUGAUGAAUACUUUUAUGAGAGUGCAGAGAAGAUUUCGUUUUUCUUUGAAGAGAAAGCAUUUGAUGACGAUGGAAAGUUGAAGCAGCCGAAGGAGCUCUCCAUUAACAAAGUCGGCCAUGCUUUACAUGAUCACGAUUCUGUUUUCAAAAAGGUGUCUUGCUCAGAUAAAAUGUCUGGCAUAUUACACUCACUGGGAUACAAGAGGCCAGUGAUCAUUCAAUCGAUGUACAUAUUCAAGCAACCAGGUAUUGGCGGUGAAGUUGUCCCUCACCAAGAUAAUUCAUUUCUGUAUACCGAUCCACCAAGUUGCACUGGGCUAUGGCUAGCCCUAGAAGAUGCCACUGUUGUCAAUGGUUGCUUAUGGGCAAUUCCCGGGUCUCACAAAGAUGGUCUUGUGAGACGAUUUAUCAGAGAUGAUAACGGUGUUCAUUUUGACAAGCCAUCCCCACCUUAUGACCAAAAAGAUUUCGUUCCUGUUGAAGUCAAAGCCGGUUCUUUGGUUCUUAUUCAUGGUGAUCUUAUCCAUCAAAGCUUUGAAAAUCAAUCCUUAAAAUCUCGACAUGCUUACAGCCUCCAUGUAGUAGAUACUCAUGGUUGCACAUGGGCUGCAGACAACUGGAUUAGAAGGAAUGUGGAUCCAGAGCCCCUUUAUGUAUCUUAAUGUGUGCCUAGACUAUUAGGGACUUCUUGCAUUUGUUGUUUCGUGUAUUUCAGUUGAUAUUUAAGGAUUCCAGAACACUUGUUUAUGUCGGUUAUAGAUCAAGAAUAAUUUGGUAAAGACAGAACCGAAUUCAACAAAAUCGACACCUUAAAUCCGAAACCAAGCCAAAAAAGUAAAGAUAGGUGUUGGAUGUGAAGUACAACAUUUAUAAUGGGAAGUGUUGAUCGUCAAAUGGCAUAAUGAGUGGUUUUGUUC